CCCAGCGCAGGGCGCACCCGGAGCCGCCCCGCAGCCCGCAGCACCUGGACCGGCCUCCGGGAGCAUGUGGUACGUCAGCACCAGGGGGACGGCCCCACGCGUGGACUUUGAGGGGGCCCUCUUCGCGGGCUAUGCGCCCAACGGGGGCCUCUUCAUGCCCGAGGAGCUCCCACGGCUGGGCGAGGGGACCCUGCGGCAGUGGAGCGCGCUCUCCUACCCCGGCCUGGUGACCGAGCUGUGCACCCUCUUCAUCGGCCCCGAGCUCAUCCCCAGAGAUGACUUAGAAGGUCUGGUCCAGCGGGCCUUCAGCAGGUUCCGCCACCGCGACGUGGUGCCUUUGUCCCGGCUGAGGAACGGGCUGAACGUGCUGGAGCUGUGGCACGGGGUCACCUACGCCUUCAAGGACCUGUCCCUGUGCUGCACCGCACAGUUCCUGCAGUACUUCCUGGAGAAGAGGGGGACGCAUGUCACCGUGGUCGUAGGAACUUCUGGGGACACAGGGAGCGCGGCCAUCGAGAGCGUCCAGGGGACAGAGAGUGUGGACAUCGUCGUUCUGCUGCCUCAGGGUCACUGCACGAAGAUUCAGGAGCUGCAGAUGACGACCGCGCAGGGGGAGAACGUCCGCGUGUUUGGAGUGGAGGGGAACAGUGACGAGCUGGACCAGCCGAUCAAGGCCCUGUUUGCCGAUGAGGCUUUCGUCCGCAAGCACAACCUGAUGAGUCUGAACUCCAUCAACUGGGCGCGUGUCCUGGUCCAGAUGGCACACCACUUCUUCGCUUACUUCCGGUGUGCGCCGUCCCUGGAUGGGCCCCUGCUGCCCCCCGUGGAGGUGGUCGUGCCCACCGGGGCCGCUGGCAACCUGGCAGCGGGGUGCAUAGCUCAGAAGAUGGGCCUGCCCAUCCGCCUGGUGGCGGCGGUGAACCGCAAUGACGUCAUCCACAGGGCCGUCCAGCGAGGGGACUUCUCUCUGUCUGAGACCGUCCACCCCACCUUGGCGUCAGCCAUGGACAUUCAGGUGCCCUACAACAUGGAGAGGAUUUUCUGGCUGCUGUCCGGCUCCGACAGCCAGAUGACAAGAGCCCUCAUGGAGCAGUUCGAAAGGACCGGGGGUGUGAGUCUCCCCAAGGAGCUGCAAAGCAAGCUUUCAGCGGCAAUGACGUCGGAGUCCGUGGGGGACGCGGCCAUCACCCAGACCAUGGCCCGCUGCUGGGAAGAGAACCGGUACCUGCUGUGCCCUCACUCGGCCGUGGCCGUGAGCUACCACUACCAGCAGAUGCACAGGGAGGCGUCCAGCCCUGCCCGGUGCUGCCUGGCCCCCGCCUCUGCAGCCAAGUUCCCAGAAGCUGUCCUGGCUGCCGGGCUGACCCCAGAACCGCCCGAGGACAUCUUGGCCCUGGAGAGGAAGGAGACACGCUGUACCCCGAUGCGGAAGAGUGACGACUGGGUGCAGAUGCUUCGGAGCACAAUCGAGGACAUGGGCCGGCGGAGGGGCGUCACCUCCUGAAUGCCCCACAGUAGCCAGGCUGCAGUUGGCUUCCUCUGGGCUCCAGACCCUGGGUGGGGGACCUCUGAGCUCCUUGAGCACCUUCGCCUUGGUGAGAGCUGAUGUAAGCUGCUCAGGAGGUGCUCAGUGGGUCUGGUGGGGUGGGGCCUCAGCACCACGGCAGGGUGAGCAUGGCCGGGCGGUGCAGCCCACUCCUGGACAGCGCAGGGGCAUCACUGCUACGCGGGAGUCUCAGGGCCUGAAAUGAGGAGCCCUGGGCACAGAGUUGGCCCUGGCUCCAGGGUCUAGGACCCCAGACUUGAGCAGGUGGGGGCUGCGCACUCGGUCAGCACAGGCCUGGGGCUCCCGGAGUCUGCGCCUGUGUAUCCAGAGGUGCUGGCCUGCUGGUCAGAGGCUUCGCCCUGAUGGACGUCGGAGUCCCUAGGACGCACGUGCGGUGUGAUGGCGCCGGAGCGUGGCCUGGGCAGAGGACGGGCCGAUGGCGGUGCCGGUGCGCUGCCUCCCAGCGGCGGCGCUGAGGGCAGGAGCGCGCAGUGCGCGGGCGGCGGUGGGCAGCGUCGGGUCGUGGGGUCGCCAGGUGCAGGCCCGGAGGGACGGUGCUCGUCAAGGUGCAGACUGAGCCCGAGCGCCCUGCUGUUCGCGUCUUUCUUCACCUGCUUCAUUAAGCCAGAGCGGGUGUCCUAACAGCAAGAGACAGUGACUCCCUCACUGACGCCUCCGUGGGGACCGUCGUCAUCACAGUGCCCCAAGAAAUCAAGUCAUUCUUCUCUGAAAACGUGACAUGCCCCCACGCCUCCCAGCCUGCACUGGGCGCCACAGAGCGGCCCGGCCCUCAGGCUCUGUCCUGGGCUGGGCUGCGGGGACCCUGUUCCACCACCAGGACUUUGUUCACGAAGGUUCCUUGCGCCGCGUCGGCGUCUGGCUCCCGGGCAUCCCUGGCCCCCUGGCCAUGGCCCGCCCUUCAGGGCCCUUUGGCGCCGCCCGCCACGCGGACAGUGAGCACGUGAACUGUGAACAGUAUACAUUUUAUUUAAUUUACAUUUAAAUUUCGGAACUAUUACUUCAGUGAGUUACCGGAACACGAGUGUGCGCGGUGGGGAGCGCGGCGCGCGCACCUGCCUCCCCAGCGGUAACUUGCACGAAGCGAGAUGCAGACCUGCGUUCCCGGCCGCAUAGCCGGGCCCUGAACGGACAGCGAGACGCGCCGCAGCUGUAAAAUACAUGCUGAACUUCAAGAAACUAAACCAUCUCAUCAAUAAUUUUCAUUGAUUACAUGUUCGGGAACUUAUUUUGGAGUUUCGGGGCAAUAAAGUAGAUGAUCCGAUCACCGUCGUCGGCUUCGUUUUCAAGGACAGUUAAAGCUGUGCGUGUGGCUCACGCGGUGUU